ACGAAAUAUGGCGGAAGGUGAGGGAUCCUUAAACGAACUGGCGCACAGCAAGGGAUGGCAGAAUGCAGCAGACAGCGGCGCAGAACUGCUGCGCUACCUAAAGGAACAGGUACCACAGAUUUACUGCCUGGAGAUGGAGUCCAAUUCUCAGGAUGAGGAGGAGGUUGUACAGAGCCGCCUCCUUCACCCUCUUGAGUGUUUCCUGUUUGGAGAGGAUCCUCAGGAAGGCCUGGAGAAACUCAAACAGGGCAGCACCUCUUCCCAGCUCUGUGGACGUGUCUUCAAAGAGGGGGAGACAGUCUACUCCUGCAGGGACUGUGCAAUAGAUCCCACUUGUGUGUUGUGCAUGGACUGCUUUCAGGAUAGUGUACACAAAGGCCAUCGUUAUAAGAUGCACGCGUCAUCAGGCGGGGGGUUCUGUGACUGCGGAGAUGUAGAAGCCUGGAAGAUUGGUCCCUGUUGCUCCAAACAUGACCCAGGGCUAGCCACUGUCAUGGACGAGUGUGUUUUAGAGUUGGGUCUACGUGAGCGUGCAGAGAAACUGUUCCGUGUGCUCCUGCGCUACACCACAGAUCUGUUCGUGUGGGAGGAGAACUUUGAGCUGUCAGCAGAACUCCAGCCCAGGGUGAAAGAAAACACGUAUUUCUGUGUGCUGUACAAUGACGAGCACCACUCAUACGACCAAGUGAUCUAUACCUUGCAGCGCUCUGUUCACUGUGACCAUGAUGAAGCCCAGACCCAGACGGCACUUAUUGACAAAGAGGGUCGGCGUGCUGUAAAGAGAGGCUCUCUUUAUUCCUGCCAGCAGGCAAAGAACCUCAUUAUGUCCCACUCCGAGCACAUAUCCCUGCAGCCACUGCGUGUGGAGGUCCUGCACUCAGCAGUGAUGGCUCAUCAGAGAUUUGCCAUGCGCGUGGGCGCCUGGUUCCAGAAAGUCAUCGGUUAUUCAGUGGGCUUUAGGCAGGUCUUCUGCCAGGUGGCUCUGGCGCCCAGUGCAGAGCGAGAUCACCCUUGCCUCAUCAGCAGACUCAUGCUCCAUGAUGCCAAGAUGUACAAAGGAGCUCGCAAGAUAAUGCACGAAUUGAUUUUCUGUAGUCUGCUAAUGGAGACAGAAUUCAAGAGGCUUUUUGCAAUUGAGUUUACCAAGCACUACAAGCAGCUUCAGAAGGAAUUCAUCAGUGAUGAUCACGAUAGGAGUAUUUCCAUCACUGCAAUAUCUGUCCAGAUAUUUACUGUACCGACACUGGCAAGGCAGCUGAUUGAGGAGGGUAAUGUCAUUAAGGUGAUUGUUGACACAGUCAUGGAUUUGCUCCAUGAAUACCUGGAUGCCAGCAACCGCUUCCACUUUCAGGGUUACAACUCUGAAAGGUUCUAUCGCAUCCAGGUCAUCUUCCACGACCUCAGGUACAUUCUGAUCAGUAAGCCCUCAGUGUGGACCAAUGAGCUGAAGAGCCAGUUCCUAGAGGGAUUCAAAGUCUUUCUUGGGCUUCUCACUUGCAUGCAGGGAAUGGAGGAAGUAAAGCGCCAGUUUGGUCAGCAUGUUGAGGUAGAGCCAGAAUGGGAGGCUGGCUUUUCUAUACAGAUCCAGCUCCGCCACAUUCUUGCCAUGAUUCAGGACUGGUGCUCAUCUGAUGAUAAGGUCUUGCUCCUUGCAUUCAAGGAGUGCCACAAAGCGUUGAUGUCUUGCAGUAAUCAGUCAUUUCAAAGUGAGGCCACUGACUUCUACAUGUGCAAGCACAUCCUCCAUGUCCGUCCAUACAAAGUAUCUCAGGAGCCUGUCAGCAUACAUCUACCUAUCUCCAGGCUGCUUGCUGGCUUGUACGUACACCUGUAUAGAACAGGGGCAAUUGAAAAUCUUCACCAAUAUGUUGAUCCUGGGAGCUGUGACUUCACCUAUUUUGUUGAACAUCCUCUGCGUUGUGUGGUUCUGGCUGCCCAGGUCUCAGCUGACAUGUGGCGCAGGAACGGUCUCUCUUUGGUCAGCCAGCUGUACUACUAUCAGGACGUGAAAUGCAGGGAUGAAAUGUAUGAUAAGGACAUUGUCAUGCUACAGAUUACUGCUUCCAAAAUGGACCCUAACCACUUUCUCAUGCUGAUCUUGUUAAGAUUUCAGCUAUUUGAUUUUUUUAAUGGAAGUUCCUCAAGCAAAGAUCAGGAGCUCCUAAAACAAUGUAACUGGCUGACAGAAGAGAUGCUCUACCUCCUAAUCGUCAUCAUUAGUGAACGCUACGUCCCAGGGAUUAGUCAGGUGACCAAAGAGGACGUGACGAUGAGGGAGGUUGUCCACCUGCUGUGUAUUGAGCCCAUGGCACACAGUAAUCUGGUCAAAGGCCUGCCGGAGAAUGAAAGCCAUGAAACAGGCCUAGAGACUGUUAUUUCCAAAGUUGCCACCUUCAAGAAACCUGGUGUAUCGGGGCAUGGUUUAUAUGAGCUGAAAAAGGAAUACCUAGUAGAAUUCAACCCCUUCUUCUACCACUAUUCAAAAUCCCAGCAUAGCAAGGCUGAGGAUGCUCAGAAGAAGAGGAGAGGUCAGGAAGGCAAUGAUAAAGCUUUGCGACCCCCGGUGGCCCCAGCCUUCUGCCCAGCCUUCUCCAGCAUAGUGCGCCUGCUCUGCUGUGACGUCUUUAUCCAUGUGCUGAGGCGGGUUCUACAGAGAGCUGUGGAGGACCGGGCCACUCAGUGGACAGAAGCUAUGAUCCAGAGGGGUCUGCAUUUGAUAGGCCAGGCACUGAUGGAAGAGAAGAGCCAGCUUGAGGCCAGCACUAUGGAGGAAGUGGCCUUUGAUUUCAGCAUCAAGGCCCGCAGAAUCUGCUCAGAACAUGGCAAAUCGUUGUUCCAGUUGUUGUCAAAAAUCAAGGAGCUUCCUUCCCUUGACGGCCAAAAAGACAUGAUCAAGUGGAUUCUACAGAUUUUUGAGAUUGUGAAGUGCCUUAGAGAGAAGUCAAGUCCAACUGCUUCCAUUAGCACUGACAUGACCAAACCAGAAGAGAGUGUGCAGGACAAAGAGAAAGCUGAGCGAAAGAGGAAGGCAGAGGCAGCCAAGCUCCACCGGCAGAAGAUAAUGGCCCAGAUGUCAGCAAUGCAGAAGAACUUCAUUGAGUCCAACAAGAUGCUGUAUGACAACAUGCCAGAGAGUGGAACUCAUGGCGAGCCUGUUGCAGCUACUGAGAGUUGUGCCAUGGAGCAAAGAGACUUGUGUGUUGCUGUGGGGCCUCUCAGGGGGUCCACGCUGGCAGAGAGAGAGGUGCAGACCUGCAUCCUGUGCCAGGAGGAGCAGGAGGUUGCAGCCCAAGCUCCAGCUAUGGUACUGACUGCUUGCGUCCAGAGGUCCACCGUGCUGACGCAGUGCAGGGGAAAGAUACUGACCGACAGAGCCGAUGGAACAGGAGCACCGUAUCCCCUCUUCAUGACACCUGACCUGGCAGUAGGGACCCAUACUGGCAGUUGUGGUCAUGUCAUGCAUGCCACCUGCUGGCAAGUAUAUUUCGAGGCAAUUCAGAAUACCACUAGGAGCCGGCUCCAUGCUGAACCAAUCAUUGACCUGGUAAACGGGGAGUACCUUUGUCCCCUCUGCAAGUCUCUGUGCAACACGGUUGUCCCUCUCAUCCCUCUGGAACCGCUCACACUCAACUAUGAGAAUGCAGAGAUAGUCGGGCAGCACCUGACUCUGCCUCGCUGGACUCGGAUCGUUUCUGCCAGAAUCAAAGGGCUCAAAUCUGUCACUCAGGAUGAUGAGGGAAGUAUGGAUGAUGGUGACACAGGGCUUUGUGGAGAAGCCCAGCCAGACUUUAGAUCCAUUCUCAGCUAUGGAGUACAAGAGCCGAGAAAGUUCUCAGACAGCAUCAUGGAGAUGCUGGCAGUGUGUGCCACUACAGUAUACAGGGUGGGACUGCAGACUGUGCCCAAUGAGCUGAACUCGUAUGUACCUGUAAUGUCCUGGAACACCUGUGCCUUCACUAUCCAGGCCAUAGAAAACCUGUUGCAAGGAGAGGAGAAACCACUCUUUGGGUCAUUACAAAACAGACAGCUGGCUGGCAUGAAGGCAGUUGUUCAGUUCUCAGCGGCUCAGAGACUCAAGAACUCCCAGUCUGUCGUCCAAAGACAUUUCACAGACAUGUUAGGGGUGUUAUUACCAGCCAUGAGCAGAGAGAAUACCCCUUCUCUUCUAGAGGUGGACCUCUUCCAUCUUCUUGUGGGGUUGGUGCUAUCUAUUCCAGCCCUAUACCAGGAGGAGGCCAUAGACCUACAACCAUCUGCUGUUAGUUCUGCCUACAACCACCUUCAUAUCCUGCACCUGGUCACCAUGGCCCAUAUCCUGCAGGUCCUCCUCUCCUCUACAGAUUUCCCUGCGGUAGCCGGUGGAGAGGAGGGAGAGGAGGCCAGGGCAGCGGCAGAGCUCUGCAUUACAGUGUCACAAUACACUGGAGGGAUGAAUUCUGAUGUGUCAGGCAGCUCUGUAGCUGAAAGAAUAAGGGCAGGAAUUGCACCUUUCCUGCGAUGCGCCGCCCUCUUUUUCCAUUGCCUUACAGGAGUUCCCCCUCCAGAGGAGCUCUCCAGUACUGCAGUUGCCUCUCAAGGACAGUUGGAGGCCCUUUGCAGUUACCUGGCACUACCCUUCAAUGUGUUCCAGCUCUUCCAGGAGCACAGAGAGACUGUUACACCGCUGCUGCAGGGGUGGUGUGAGAAUCCAGCUAUAACCAAAGUGCUCAGUGGAGAAAUGCAGAUGAUCAGGUAUCCCAGGAAAAGGAAUCAUUUGAUUGAACUUCCGGAGGAUUAUAGUGCCCUCCUCAAUCAAGCCAGUCACUUUCAGUGUCCCAAGUCUACAGAUGAUGAGAGGAAGCACCCAACCCUGUGCUUGUUUUGUGGGGCCAUGCUGUGUUCUCAGAGCAUCUGCUGUCAGACCCAGCUGGAUGGGGAUGAUGUGGGAGCUUGCACUGCCCAUGCUGCCACCUGUGGUGCUGGAGUAGGCAUGUUCCUCAGGAUAAGAGAGUGCCAGAUAGUACUGAUGGCCAACAAGACACGAGGAAGCACUUAUCCUGCCCCUUACCUUGAUGAUUAUGGGGAAACUGACCCUAACCUUGGAAGGGGCAACCCACUACACCUCUGCCCAGAGCGCUACAGGAAGCUCCACCAACUGUGGCAGCAGCACUGCAUCCUGGAGGAGAUAGCCCGCAGCCUGGAGGUGGUCAGCGUCAUGUAUACCUUUGAGUGGCACACGUUCUGAUGAGCAGCCAAGCUACUGAGGGUGAGGCACAAGGGGCACACUCUUAGAGUCCAGUCUGCCGCUAUGCUCCCAAGAUACACACACACACACCUGCACACGCAGUCCUCCUCUAUGGGAUUAAAGGAAUCCUGAAGAACCAUUGCCUGCCUGAUGAAAACCCUGAUGGAAUCUAUAUUGCUGGGGCAGAGUGUCGAAAUAGGAGGAAGAGAAUGAAUAAAUAAACCCAAGUCGCCUUGUUUUAUUCUAAAUUGCCUGCUGGGAAAAUGUGUUUCACCCAGAGUAAUAGUCUUUCCAAAAAAGCUCAUUCAAGUAAAUACAAGCAUCAGAUACAUACUAAUGUGUUUUUUUUAAACAUCUUAUCCAAGUAAAGUGUCACCUUUUUAAUGCUGGGAAUUUCCUCUCUCCUCUCCUUUAUGUUUCAGAAGUCAUUGUUUGACCUAAGUUAUCAUAAGGUAUUCACCAGUUUUUGGACGUUAUUAACGAAGGAGACAUUCUCUUGGAAUUGGUUUUUGGAUAGUUUUGGCAACAUGCUUUAUAUAUAUAUAUAUAUAUAUAUAUUUUUUUUUUUUCAUUAAAUGAAACACUGUUAGGGAAAAUGCUCAACAAAUGAGCAAAAUAAUCCAGUGAUUCAUAUCUAUAUAUAUAUCUAUAUCUAUCUAUAUAUAUAUCUAUAUAUAUAUAGAUAUACAC